GCAGCCACAGUCAUCUGCCCUCCUUCACACCCCCGUUAAUGGAUCCCUUUAUUCAGAAGUCAGGCUGUGGCUACUGAUCUGUGCCUGUCAAUACAUUUUCUCUCGUUGAUUUUAUGCUUGAAUGUAUGUCCUUGUUCUUACCAUAGUCUGGCUGUUGUUUCGAUCGUGCAUGUGCUUUGUCCUACUCACCCUCUCUCUCUUUCUCCCUCUCCCCCCUUUUGUUAUGCUCUCAUGUCCUUCACUUUGUUCAACCCUCUUUCUCCCUCCAUCACUUUUAUUUCACAUUUUCGCGAGUCUUUUCGAUUUCUGGUUUUUCCUUUUUGCAGAAAACUGGUGUGUUCCAAAGCCACCGACAACACCUGCAGUAAAAGCCUCCUCUGUGAUCACAAGCAAAAACUUGUCCAGGCUAUUAAAAGAAUUGAGCAUGAAGCAGAUGAGUGCAGAGAAGCAGAGACAAGGACGUACUCAGAGUCAGUGGAAGUAGAGAGCAGAUUUGAUGAGCUGGAACGAGAAAUCCGAGCCGAGUUUCAGAACCUCCAUCGCUUCUUGGAUGAAGAGGAGUGUAAGGACCUGGAGCGACUGAGGAGGGAGAGACAGAAACAACUGAAGCAGCUGAAGGAGAGAGAGAAGAAAAUAGCUGAGCAAGGGAAGGACCUGGAGAGAGCAAUUACAGUGCUCGACAACAAACUGGCUGAGGAGGACAGUCCCAAGCUGCUCAAAGAAAUUCAAGAUCUUAUAAAAAGGUCUCAGGUCAGCUUUGUUCCUCCUCCGGAGGUGGACACUGAGGUGCGCUCUGGCCAGUUUGUGGGCCCCAUCCAGUACAGGAUAUGGAAACAUAUGAAACGCUGCCUCUACCCAAAUAUUACAUCAAUGACCUUUGACCCUGAGACUGCUCACCCUAGUCUGUCACUGUCCCAGUCUUGCACCUCAGUUUGGUUUGAGGAUGAUAAAGACACGAAGGAUAUCCAGGCCAGCCCGCGACGGUUCCACUUCUACUACUGUGUGUUGGGUCAUCAGGGCUUCACCACAGGGCGACACUACUGGGAGGUGGAGGUGGGUCGUAAGACAGCAUGGAGGUUGGGUGUAGCACAAGAAGAUGUCCCAAGAGGGGAGAUGGCUGCUACAGGCACAUCCAGUGGCCUGUGGACCCUGGCCCUGAAGGGAGGUUCUGUCCUGGCCUGCACCGACCCAAAACCCACCAAAGUAAAUGUGUCUACCAAUCUUGUCCGCAUCGGGGUGUUCUUAGACUGUGAAAAGGAAGAGGUGUCUUUUUAUAAUGCUGUUACCAUGGGGCCAAUCUACACCUUCACCAUGGGAACAGUAAUAGUUCCGCUGUUCCCCUUUUACAACCCAUGUGACACAGAUGAUGGAACUAACGCGGCACCAAUUGAGAUUUUUAUCCCGUCACUAUAAGACUGUGAUCACCAUCAUGAAGACGACUCAUGGUCCAAUACAAGUUGUUAGUUUUAUAUUUGUAGAAAUAAUAUCACAUUUUCAGCCAAUUUAGAGUUGAAUGCGAAGUCGAUUAAUUGGUUAUUUGAAAGAAAUCAUUUUUGAUUAUCAUUUAAUCAUAUGAGCAAUUCUUUAAAGAAAACUUCUGAAAUUAUUUUCUGUUUGUCGUUUUGUGAACAGCAUUAUGAUGUUACCUUUGUCCUGCUUAUUAAUAUCUUGGCUGUGCUUGCUCUGCUGUGACAUGUCCUACAAGGAUACGGCAUCAGUGGGACCUGGGGUGAUAAAAUGGCCCCUGGUGAUCAGAACAAACGAUGGCUGACGUUGAGUGAGAUAACUGCCUGAGGUGGAGCUGACAGCUCGGCGACUGGACUGCCCUUAGAGUACGAAAAACAAAAGACAACAGCACAGCGAAUGUCGUAAUGUUUUGUUUAUUCUUAGUAUUCCUUUACACAUGAAAUAAAGAAAAGAAAAAAAUUCUUUUCAAAAACAUCUGUGUGAGGUGUUGUGCAAAAAAGGGGAGGACAGGGGGAACAGGGGGAACAUGGGGAACGUCACACUACACCCACGGCAGAGCAGCAGAAGUAAACAGAGUGGAUCAGGGCAGAGACAUGUCACAUAGUGCAAGAAGUGCCUGUGCUGUUAACAGUGGUUUCUAUUAGUGAGUUAUCAGAGGUGGGUAUAAAACCAGAAUUCUCUCUGGCACCUGUUAGAUAAAAUCACUCUGAUCCCACUAGACUGAGCCUUCUCUGAAAUGUAACAUGUAAUGUAAACCAAAGGCUCCUCCCACUAAUGCACUAUCCACCUCCCUCAAACACACGACUCACUAUUACAAUCACUGACAAUAUUCAGUAGUGGUGGUACAUGAAGAUUCUGUACCAGCAGUCUCGCAUCAGUUGAUCAUGAUAACACAACCCUCAGGGUUUCUCACUCAAAGCUUCAUUCGUCUUCAUUUAUCGGUUGCUCGCAAGAAUUCACUCUCCUACUCUGAACAACAACACCCUCACUCACAAAUAAAGCACACUCAGCGUUCCUUAUGCUACACGUCAUCUGGGAAACUUGAAGGUCGGACUUUCGUUGUCACUUUCAAGGUUUUUAUACAAUAAGCACACACAUCUCCAACACAUUAGCGUAUCAAAGGCCUGUGAGUGACAUCACUUUGCUCACACGGGUGUAAAAACAGCGUUCGACAUCUGAAGAAAUUUAGGCACAAAUACAAAGACCAGAAUCACUCAAAUAUCUCAAAGUUACGACAGGCUAUAUUUCGAGAUAAAAAUAAAAGUGUGGCUUUAAACACAUUCACACUUAGGAUUUCAAAUCAGCACAUUUCUUAGCAUUGCAACACGAUUUACGCAGGCACAUGGACCUUACUCAUUACAGAUGGAGAAGCUCACACACAGGACGGCCAUUUCAUUCUGUACAAACAGCACACAGUCAAUCAUAAAUCAUUCACGCUCAUACUGUACACGCGUGCAUCAUAGUUACACACGUAAACAUACAAAAUUCCCAACAAACGUACAGUGAUGGCAAUAUUAAAACAUCACACACUUUGGUCACACAGAAACAAGUUCAUGACAUAAAAGCCUGUUGUUCAGGACGUGUGGGCAUGCUGCAGUCAAAGCUUUAAGUGAUACAAGUUAAAUGUUUUCAUACGACAUGUAAAUACAGUGAGAGAUACUGUGAGUUGUGAUAAUCAUCAGGUUGGAAUGGCAAUAAAAGCAGAUAUUUCAUUCAAAAGAUCUAAUGUAGUCUUGAAGCUUCUUUUUUUAACAAUAUUUGUUGCUUAAUUAAUUCAAGAUGUUAGUGAAAAUUAGUGUAAAUAGUAUAUAGUGUAUAUAUAUUCUAUAUUGUGGAUUCGGGGUUGGUGAGAAUUUAAAUUAGUUUUCUUUUUUGUUAUUAUUUAUAAUACAACAACUGUUCUAUACACUAAAAACAUUCAGCCUUCAGGGAGUUAAACCGGCAUACACAUGCAAUAUUUACAAGGCUGAAGUAUGUGUGCGUGUGUGUGUGUGUGUGUAUACACACUGUAUGUCUGUAGACCUUCUUCAGUAUUGCCAAAAUUGGUUUGUGGUUCCUUCACAGGUCCAGACUGGAAAUGAGAUCUUUCAUUAUCUAAUCAUUAGAUUGCAUUUGCUCAUUUUUAAUAAAAUGUUUAUUGUUUGAUGUUUAUGUUUAUCAAUUAGAGGCACCGUGAUUUUUUUUGUUGGUAGUUUUACUUUAUAUAUUAGAGCUAUCUAUUUAAGUAUCAAAUCUGACAUCCAAACCGAUCAUGUCUUAUGGCUUCUGAAAGUGUCAUAUCUCGCCUGUUAUCAAUUUACCGGUAAGAAAAAUCUAUUCAUUCAGGAACGUUACCAAGAAAGGCCAGUUGGUUUCACUUCUUAACAUUUUCUGACAUACUGUGUUUUUCCUCAAAGGAUUUUGUGAUUUCAGAGCAUCAGUCCAAAUUGUUCUAAAACGUGAGGUAGACACAUGCAUUUUGUCACAUGAAAACUGAAUGUGCAUGCCUCCUUUUUUUUUUUUUUUACCAUACAAGAGUUUCAACUAAGAUUCAUUAGUGUUCACUGAACAUACCUGCAAACUGGACACACAAUGGUUUGGCAAUGAAAAAGGCCUCAUAGAGCUAUUUUGGAGAUUUUAAAGAUGUUAGCCAUAACAUGUACAAUUUUUUUCACAAAUUUUGCCUCUGUCAUUGUCAAUCUCAGACACUAGUAAUGGUGAGGUUAGUAUUAUUAGAACAUUUUGUUAUGUGAUUAAAAUGAUGCAACACUCA